AUGGAUCCCAACAGGUCCAUUUCCUUGGGCAUGCUUCUGUUUCUUUCUCUGACUUUGGAAUUGAGCUACGGAACAGGUGGAGAUGUGAUGAACUGCCAGGUGAUUAACAGGCAGCUAGGAAACGACACUUGGAUGCCCCUGACAAAUGAACAGAUAAAUAAAAGCGUUAACAAAAGCAUCCGCAUCCUUGUCACGAAAGGAACGUCUUUAGGAAGCAAAACCAACAAGAAAAUAGUGUCUUUUGAUUUCGCUAAAGGAGGCUAUCCAGAUCACCUGGAAGAUGGUUACCAGUUUCAACCAGAAAACCUGAGCCUGAGGAUCCUGGGAAACAGGACCGAGAGUGAAGGAUGGUACUUUGUGAAUUUGGAGGAGAAUGUGGCAGUUCAGCAAUUCUGCAUGCAGCUGAAGCUUUAUGAGCAGGUCUCCACCCCAGAGAUUAAAGUGCUAAACAAAACCCAGGAGAAUGAGAAUGGGACCUGCAGCUUGAUAUUAGCCUGCACGGUGAACAAAGGGGACCAUGUGGCCUACAGCUGGAGCGACGAGGCAGGCACCCAUCUGCUGAGCCGAACCAACCACUCCCACCUCCUGUACAUCAGUCUCAGCAACCAGCAUCACGACAGCCUCUACAACUGCACCGCCAGCAAUCCUGUAAGCAGUCGCUCUCAGACCUUCGACGUCCGGCAGGAGUAUUGUCCUUUGACUUUUCUUUCAGAAUCAAGCUCAUGGAUGCUAUACACUGCUGUACCGUUAGUGGUCAUGAUCAUCAUCCUGAUUUCCACGGCAGUAAUAAUGCUGAAAAAACAAGGUAAAAAAAACCACUGCCCGCCACCAGCGGAAGAAAAGAGCCUAACUAUUUAUGCCCAAGUACAGAAAUCAGGGCCUCCAGAGAAGAAACUUGAUGAUGCCCUGACAGAUCAGGACCCCUGCACAACCAUUUAUGUGGCUGCCACAGAGCCUGCCCCAGAGUCUGUCCAGGAACCAAACCCCACCACAGUUUAUGCCAGUGUGACACUACCAGAGAGCUGACCCCCAGAGACCCAGUGAGAGGACUUUUUGAAGGAAGAAGAAAGGAUCAAAGUACACACUGAACUUGGCCCUCGGUUCCAAGUUCUCCGUGACAGACACCGCACAUCUGUACCCUUCUCCAAACAAUUCCCUGGUGAUAGAUCUGCACAGGCGCACCUGUGAAGUAGACAAGGAAGUGAGGCUGGCUUCCCAAGCAGUCAGCCUGCUCUGCAGCUGACACAGACAUGGAACAGAGAUCCCUUGAUACAGCGUUCCAUCUUUGCUGUAGCAGAUAAAAUAGAUGAUGGGAGUUCAGACAUCUCACUCUAUGCUGGGUUGGAUAACAAAACCCAAAGACAAAAAGCCAGGACAUGAAACAUCUGUCUCAGAUGGCUGAGCACAAGGCACAAAGUCUGGAGAUGUUUCCGUUUUUGGCUCUCUGUACUUUACUCUAGAAGCUGAUCUUGAUCACCUCAAGACCUGAUCAAGCCUCUGUGCCUCAGUUUCUCUCGCACUCUCUGGAUGAAGAGGGAGUGAAACCAAGUGGGAAGAAGAAUGAAUUCUUUGUUGCCUGAGGUCAUUUUAUAAAAGAACCAGUAUUUUAUUUGCAAUACUCAAGUUGGUAAGUCAAUGGACUAAAGACGACUUUGGAGUCGAAAGCUUUGAACAACAGGACGGAAACCAUCCAAGGUUCUUUAGAGUGCAGUUCUGAGCAAACAGCCUUCUGUUUGCAUCAAAGCAGCAGAUGUUCGGUAAUGCUGUGAUAAAGUAACCUGGGAUACUCAGAGGAACUCGUCCCACGGAGGUUUUUCACUUCUUCAAAGGACUUUUGAACUUAAGUUCUCUGUUUACUCCCUUGAGAAAAGAAAAUCCCUGGAUCCUCAAGAUUCUCCCUCCAUUUGUUCUAAGCCCAUUUUACAACCAGGCCUCUUGUGGAACUGUAGGUCUACCAGGCACUUCCUAUUCACUGUAUACCUCUUCAUACUAAAUUUAUCUUCAAAUAGAAAAUUAAAUUAUUUUGAUUGAACAGUUUCAAAUGAUUGGACGUACAAUCACUUAGAUAACAAGUUGUAGGCAGAAAAAGUCUUUCUACGUAAAAUCCUAUUUUCUUCAUGUCGUCUGCCCUCAGAGAGGCCAUCUUUCAACUUAUUGUCCUUCUUGCACAACUUUGGCAAAUGCUUUAAGAAAUAACUAUUGUGGAGCUGGGGAGGUGUCUCAGUGGAUAGCAGUACUUGCUUUGCAAACAGCAGGAUCUGGGUUCAAACUCUAGCAUGCAUGUAAAAAGAUGGGCAUGACUGAAUGUGCCUGUAACACCGUGACAGACAGGCCCUA